CCACCGAAGACAGCGCCUCCUCCUCCCAAGACAUCGUCUCCCCCUCCGAAAACGCCAUUUCCUCCUCCGGAAACACCAUCUCCUCCUACGAAGACACCGUCUCCCCCUCCGAAGACAGCAUUUCCUCCUCCGAUGACAGCGACACCUCCUCCGAAGACACCGUCUCUUCCCCCCAAGACAACGUCUCCUCCUCCGAUGACACCAUCUCCUACUCCGAAGACAGCGUCGCCUCCUCCGAAUACACCAAAUCCCCCUCCGAUGAUAGCGUCAUCUCCUCCGAAUACACAGUAUCAUCCACAGUAG